AUGGCCUCAAAUUCAGAGAAAGACCCGGGCUCAGCCCUAGCGGGGGCAUUCACCAUCCACUAUUUCGCGACCGCAUCCCAAUACACCUCCAAAAACACCGAGCGCCUCCCCGCGCCCCUGCCAUUGUCCGAGCUCUACCCGCUGCUUGAGGAGCGAUACCCGGGCAUCCGUGAGAAGGUCCUGGGCAGUUGUGGUGUUAGCCUUGAAAGUGAAUAUGUCGAUAUCCAGGAGGAUGCCGACAAGGUGAUACAUGCGGGUGAUGAGGUUGCUAUUAUCCCGCCUGUCAGCUCCGGGUAG